GUCAAUGAAAACCUGACAUUAGUCGUAAAUUCUGCCGCUGCAAUUGGUUGCUGCGUGGUUAAUAUCGGACCACAAGAUAUUUCAGAUUGCGCCCGCCACCUUGUGCUUGGCCUGAUCUGGCAGUUUAUCCGAAAGGGCGUCGUUGACUCCAUCACUCUGGCAAACCACUCAGAACUGAUGGCUUUACUGGCUGAGGGUGAGGACAUUGAGCGUCUUCGUGGCCUCAGGCCAGAAGAAUUGUUAAUGCGUUGGGUGAAUUAUCACUUGGAACGUGCGGGUGUCUCUCGCCGGCUGACCAAUUUCAACAAUGACGUUUGCGACUCUGUAAUCUAUGCUCAUCUGCUGCAACAGAUAGCCCCUAGUGACAAGAAAGAUUGUCUGGUAUCGGCUGUCGAAGUGCUUUCAACACAGGACAAUUGCAAAAGGGCUACUCUCGUAUUAAACAAUGCUAAAACACUGAAUGCCAACACCUUCCUCACUCCAGAAGAUAUUUACUUGGCAAAUGAGAAAGGAAAAAAUCAACGGGAUCGCUUGAAUCUUGGUUUUCUGGCAACCCUUUUCAACAUGUAUCCUGGCCUCGAGAAACCAAAGGAAGUCGAGCAACUGGAAAUUGAGCAGGAGAAUCUAGAAGAGAAGACAUACAGGAACUGGAUGAACUCCUUGGGCGUUGAGCCCUACGUAACGCAUUUAUAUCAUGGUUUGUCAUCAGGCGUUGUGCUACUCCAACUGAUCGACCACAUCCGGUCGGAAACCGUCGACUGGACACGGGUCACAACCAAGUUUGACCCCAAAAAACAGAUAUUCCAGAAACAGGGCAAUUGUAAUCUGGCGCUAGAAUAUGCAAAAAAAAUAGGAUUGAAGUUUGUAAACCUGAGUGGUGAAGACAUUCGAGAAGGCGAAAAGAAACUGGUACUGGGCGCCUGUUUUCAGCUGAUGCGAAGCUACACAUUCAAGCUUCUUCGGCAGGUAUGUGGAUUUCUAAUAGAACAAUCAGAUAUUUUAUGCAAAAAAAUGUUAGGUUUCGAAGAACCUCUUGCUUCAAAAUUGUUGAGCUUAUUUCCAUUUCGAAUGAAAGUGUUAGGUGAAAAGAUUCAAGGGCCGGCCCCACCAGAAGAUGAAGGCGGAUACCUCAAGACCAGCUGUCGAUUGACCAUACUGGAACAUUCUUGA